CUUAUUAAUAUCUAUCCAACAUCAGUUUAUAUCAUCAUCACAAUGGCUUCUUCAAACUCAUGGCCCCCGCCAUUAAAGGAAUUUGUCAACAAGACCUUUGCGAGGUGCACCGAUUCGAACAGAGCUGACGUAGAGGUUGAACUUAAGGGACUUAUCUUUGACGCAUAUAAGGAGGGUAAACUCUGGGAGGUCGAUUGGGCUUCUGUACAAUUGAACACGCUUACUCCUGGAAACAAAAGAAAAGAAAACGCACUAACCUUCACAUCUACAUCCACAGUCGUCAAUGUCGAGGACGAAGAUAAUCGACGACAGAAACGAUUACGCAGGUUUGAUAACCCGAAUCAAAGUCAGGUUCGAGAUGCUACAUCUGCUGUUAAUGCUAUCACCAUCUACGACGAUGUCACACCCAGUUAUAGCCAGGUGACUGAGGAUUACCAAAAGAACAUACCAGACUGGGACCAAGACACCAUAGUGGGAUACGCACAGAGAGUCGAAAAGCCUUAUCUGCGCCUGACCGCCGCACCCAAUCCAGCAGAAGUUAGACCUCUAGAGGUGUGUAAACUAACCCUUGAUCACUUGAAGAACAAGUGGCGUUCGGAAAGCAACUAUAACUGGAUUUGCGAUCAAUUCAAAAGCCUAAGGCAAGAUUUGACUGUGCAGCGCAUCAAGAAUGACUUCACAGUCUCAGUCUACGAGAAUCAUGCUAGGAUCGCAUUGGAAAAGUCUGAUCUAGGGGAAUUCAAUCAAUGCACUAGUCAGCUUCGACAGCUUUACAAACAAGGUAUUAAAGGUCAUCAAGAAGAGUUUUUAGCAUACUAUAUCCUCUAUCUCAUCUACUCGCGGAAUUUUAGUGAACUCAACGCGGUCCUAGCCACUAUAACGGAUGAACAGAAGAAGGACGUUUGCGUUAAGCACGCCCUUCAAGUCCGAUUUGCGGUCUCGACAGCUAACUACCGACGCUUUUUCCAACUGUUUUGUCAAGCGCCCAAGAUGGGCGGAUAUUUAAUGGAUUGUUUUGUUGAGCGUGAACGCAUUAGGGCCUUAGCCACGAUGGCUGUAGCAUUCUGGACUUUGCCUAUCUCGUUUGUAACAAAACAACUAGCUUUCGACACUGAAGAAGAAUGUCGAAGGUUUCUACAACGUCAUAACGCGUUGUAUUAUCAUGACGAUCAACAAAAAGCCUGGAAUGCCAAGUCUGCUAAAGAUGCCUUACAACAAGCUGCACUGAAGACUCGGAGAGUUGAUAUCAAGGGUCAACUUUAG